AUGGGUUCAUCAUGCUCAUGCCUUAAUUCGCAUACUACCGCAAGCCAAGAAAUCGGAAUAAUGAACGAAGAAUCUAUCCUAAUAAAAAAAGCUCCAGAAAAAGUCUCUACAGAAAAUCAACCCACACAGUUCACAACUUUAAAUAUAACCCUGCCAGAUCCUACCUUCCCAGUCAAAGCUCAAGCUGCUCUCCGUGGAUAUCUUGCCAGAAACUACAUGAAAUCCCUAAUUAUUGAGCAUUCCACAAGUAUCACCAAAAAUCUUAAACGAGAAACUCUUCAAGAAAUCCAAGGCGAAAUUCCUGAUUAUUCUAAUUCAGCCACAAUGGCUGCAAUUCACAAAUUUGGACCAUAUCGAUAUGACUUCGACCCUAAAGAUAACAAUAAAGUUACCAAAAGAGGCCCAGUUUUGCUUGAAAAUGGAGAAAUUUAUAUUGGAGAAUGGAAUGAGAAGAAUGAGAGGCAUGGAAAAGGACAGCAGCUGCUCAAAGAUGGGUCGAUUUAUGAAGGAUAUUGGAAAAAUGAUAUGACUAAUGGACAAGGAAGGCUGAUUCAUGGCGAUGGAGAUGUAUAUGAAGGGUCCUGAUUUAAUGAUAAAGCUCAUGGGUUUGGGACUUAUACUCAUAUUGAUGGAGCUCAGUAUGCUGGAAAUUGAGAAGAAGACAAGCAGCAUGGAGUUGGCGUUGAAACUUGGCCUGAUGGAGCUAAAUAUGAAGGCAGCUAUUUGCAUGGAAAGAAGCAUGGGAAAGGGAAGUUUUAUUGUGCAGAUGGAAAUGUUUAUGAAGGAGAAUUUCAAGAUAAUAAUUUGCAUGGAGUUGGGACCUUUACUUGAAAUGAUGGAAGAAAAUACGUAGGAGAGUGAAAAAGUAAUAGGAUGAAUGGAAAAGGUACGUUUACAUGGCCUGACGGAAGAUGCUAUGUUGGAGAUUAUGUAGAUGACAAAAAACAAGGAUAUGGAGUCUUCAAAUGGCCUGAUGGAAGAGUAUAUGAAGGGGCUUGGUUUAAUGGAAAACAACAUGGAAGAGGAACUUAUCAAGCUUCUGCCCGAGGAGAAAAGAAAGAAGGAGAAUGGAAAGAAGGCAAAAGGCUAAAAGAUCCUUCAGAAUUAUAA